AUGGGGGACCCCGGCGCCAAAGAAAAAGGAUCAGGAUCAUUUGUUGACUUUGAGCUGCUUGAGGUCUUCUACGCCUGCGGCACGGAUCACGCCAAGAGCAACGGCCUGGGAUUGGGCGUCGUCAUUGUCCCGCGCGCGGGUGAGUCCAUACCAGCCGAGCUGCCAGAGAAAUCUGUGUAUGUGGCGGAGGGCAUCAUGGGAGAGGGAGCUUCAUUCAGCUCAACCAUGGUGAGAACGGCUUUCAAGUUGCGGAAAGCUUCCACAGUGGUAAAGAAAACCGUCUCCAACCAGGCUGCAAGCUUUCUUCUCCGACCCACGCGCGAGGAGUACCUCAUGUUCCCAGCGGAUUUUGCCAAACUUGGCGUGGAAAUGCCGCCGCAGUGA